AGCCGCUAUCGAUCAUACCUUGUGUUCUUUGUACCAUGUUCCAAAUUUAACUCAAAUUUAAAGUCCCUCCCAAAUUUAAAGUACCUACCCAAAUUGUCAAUAAAGAGAAAAGAGACAUCUUGAGGAUUUAAAUAUCACCCGUAUAGGAAACUGAAAACUAUAUAUUUCAUUCUAAACAGCUGAUAAUUAAAAAUUGUGUUAAAAAUCUCCUAUGAUUAUAACAUUUUGAUAAUUUUAGGUUAUAAAAAUAUUUACAUUUUUUAAUUCUCUAUAUUCUAUAUGCAUAUAAAUAUCAGUAUGUUUUGCACUAAGUUAGUUUCAAAGGGUCUCAUUUCAAUUAUGCAAAAAUCAUUUAUGUCUCAAUACACCACAGUUAAUUUCACCCAUGGAAUUAAAACUAUCACUAUGUGUGAUCAGAAAUCAAGAAAUUCUUUAUCUAUUGCCAUGAUGAAGGAUCUUUUAGACAAUAUAAAUAGCGACAAAGAUAAUUAUGAGCUCAGAUUAAUUAUAAUAUCAUCAACUGGUCCAGUUUUCUCUGCAGGUCACAAUCUAAAAGAAAUAGCUGUAGAUACCCAAAAACAAAAAGAAUGUUUUAAGCUAGCCUCCGAACUAAUGCUUUCUAUAAUAGACUCUCCUGUUCCUGUUAUUGCCAAGAUAGAUGGUGUAGCUGCAGCAGCAGGUUGUCAACUUAUUGCACAAUGUGACAUUGCUGUAUGUACUGAAAGAAGUACUUUUUCUACUCCAGGAGCUAACUUUGGCAUCUUUUGUUCCACUCCAGGUGUAGCUUUAGCUCGAUCUAUAAACAAAAUGCCAACUUUGUAUAUGCUCUUAACAGGAUUACCCAUACCAGCUGUUGAAGCUAAAUCUGUAGGUCUCGUAACACAAGUUUGCUCUCCUGAUAACAUAGAUAAAGAUUUGGAAGUUAUAUGCAAUGCAAUUAUAUCAAAAAGUAGAAAUGUUAUAGAAAUGGGGAAAAAAUUCUAUUAUAAACAAAUUCAGUGCGAUAUAAAGGAAGCAUAUGAUCUAGGAGAAAGUGAAAUGAUCAAUAAUCUACAAAAUCUCGAUUGUCAAGAAGGAAUUAGAAGUUUUAUAGAAAAAAGAAAGCCACAGUGGCCAAUUAAAAAAUAGAUUUUAUACCUAACAGAUAUUGUCUAACAAUUUUGAAAAUUAUAUAUUAUACUAUAUUUUAAACCAAUAAAACAU